AUGCCAAGUCAGAGAUAUAGAGAUUUAAUUUAACCUAGAAUUUUUUGAUUAACUGUGGGCAUGCUGAAGAUUGAAUUUAAUUAAAUGAAAACCACAAGAAAAAGAUUCAAAAAUGUAUUAAAAUGAAAAUGCACGAUGGAAAAGAACAUGAUAGCGAUAAUGAAAGCGGAAGUGACACCUGUGAUAUUAGUGAAGUAAACGAAAGUUUAUCUAACUGUGAACAUGUCCAUGUUCAGCCAGUAGGUUCGCAAUAUAUCCUGCAUAUAUCAGCUACCAGAGAAGUAUAUCCUUACAUAGCAGCAGCUUUGUCCGAUCAUUCAACCGAUGUGUUCUGCACAAAUGAGAGUGGCCUGGAAAAAAUUACUCGACUUUCAGAGCACACAAAAAGACUGGUCGAUUGUAAGUUUGUUGAUCACAGUAAUAAUUUGCUUUAUACUGCUUCAAAUGAUGGUACGAUUAAGUUAUGGGACCUGAGAGAGUUUUCAAAGAGUGUUACUACAUUUAAUGACACUACUCUGAAUGAACCCAGUACAGUUAGAUGUUUUAAUUCGUUUGAUGUAGCGCCUUGUAAUAGAAUAAUUGCCGCUGGUACUGAAUUCGCCCAAACUGAUGCUUUUAUAUUAUUUUGGGAUGUAAGAAAUACGAAAUUGUUAGGAGCUUAUUGGGAAUCUCACUCGGAUGAUAUUACUCAAGUUAAGUUUAAACCUAGCGACACCAAUACACUAAUGUCAGGCUCAACAGAUGGACUGAUAAAUAUUUACAACUUGUCUGAAUCGCGUGAGGAAGAUGCCUUCACUGAUUGUUUUAACACGGAUGGUUUCGUUGACAACUUGCAGUGGUUUGAGGAAGAUGGUAAAACAAGAAUUAGUUGUAUCACAUCGACAAUUGAAUUACAACUAUGGGAUGUAGAUAGUGCAGAAAAAUAUAAACAUAUUGAUCGAGAAGAUUUAGGAAACAUAAUUAAGGGGACAACAGAUAAUACCUAUUUAGCUAGUGUCCAUCAGAUUCAAGACUCUUUAUUUGUUCUUGCCGGUUCGAAGGCUUCACAAGGAUAUUUCCUGUAUAGUUUUCAGGUUAAAAAUGGAGAAUACUAUCCAGCAUUUAGAUUCGACAACAGUAGGCAAAGGGUUAGAGCAAGUUGGUUAAAUACAGAUACUAAUCUGUUAAUCACAGGAGGCGAAAGCGGUAAGUUAGACUUGUGGAGACCCGAUUUAAGCACACUAAACUACAAAACUAAGCGGAAAUAAAACCACACUUGUAUUUUUUUAAUAUAUAUAUUUGUAUUUCUUAAAAUAACUCUUCAAUUACCAAAUCCCUUAAAUUAUUUCAUGUCAAAAUUAGUACGGAAUAUUUUUCCGAAAAUAUUCCACUCUUAACUGAAAAAAAUCGAAACGUGGCAACCUCGGAGAAGAAUAUUACUAAUAAAAUUAAUUAUUAAAGAGAAAUGAAAAAAAAAGUCGAUUAAGAUGAGCGUAUAUACAGUUCUCUAUACGGGGUAACAAAAAAAA